CACACAUGAAGUUUAUAGCUUUUCUUGGCUUGCUGUGUUUUAUUCGAACUAGUCGACACAGUAGUUCAUACUUUUGUCGUUGUCGGUUUGUUGAGUUCCUUUGGCGGCGGUUCCGGAGUGCACGGCUCAUCUCAUAUAGUAUAAAAACUAUAAGCACCAGAGAGACAUGGCUCAUCUGCAUCUGCAGCUUCUUGUUCGGCGCUUCAACGAUCUGGCCGAUAGCUACCUUCGUCAGAUUAGCUGGGUUGGCCAGCCGGCCGUAGAUUCGCUGCUCAAUUUACAGCGAACGAUCCUCGGAAUGUGCACCAAACAACGUUUUCAAAGUUCCCGCUCGCUGGUUUUUGACGAUUUGGAGGUUGAGAAGGAUGUGUUGCAUUUCCUUAGACCAGUGGAGUGUUGCGGGAAAAUUCUGAAGCAUACCGGAACGCUUAUCCCACACUUGCUUAGCGGCGAUCAUGCUGACUGUGCACUUGACGACGGUUCGAAACACUUGCUGAUCCUGUUCAACCUAUACGUACAAACGAUGGCCGAUAUUCUGGUUCGCUAUGACAACAACUACGAAUGCGUAGAUCAAACCACGGCUGAGCACCUGGUCAAAACACGUGACUACAUCGAUUGCAUUUUACGUAAACCGGUAUGCUUGAAUACGGCUGCGCGGGCUUUCUUCAUCCGGACGAAUUUUCGUAAAUGGAAAAUUGUCUUCGAUUACACCUGCCAUCCCUGUGACAGCAAAGGAAUUAAACGCUGCCGAUUUCAAAGUGCCAUUGCAUGGUACAUGGUUCAUGCCAGCUCGUUGGCCGCGAAUGCAAUAUUACACUUGGAAAGUAUUCAGCAUGCCGAAAGUCUUCGCGGAAUGCCUAAGGAUCGUGUAGAUGUUCCACCGCGACCGGAAAUCAAUAACAACUCGGCUUCGGCUUCAUAUUUGCUGCAGGUUCGCGAAAUGGAGCUCGAUAAAAAGGUUGCAAUUGGACAACAAAUUGCUCGGGACACUCCAUUCACAACGGUCGAAACCUACUUGAGAAGACAUCUUUCGAAAUCACUCGGAGGCAUAACAAUAUUUUUCUUUGGUUCGCGCGUUACUGGGUUGGCGGAAUCAAAUGCUGACCUUGAUGUAUGCAUCAAAUCUCGUUCCGGGCAGGACGAUAUAACAGCUUUACGCAAGACUAUCGCAUGGGCUGAAGACACAGGGGAGGUUGAAAUAGAACGCAUGGUCUUCGAAAGACCUUCAUUCGUACGAGUAAAUGUGCGUUCGUUGAAACUUGCCAUGGAUUUGACUUUCGGAAGUUCCUACGUGGUCGCUAAUAGUGAACUGAUCGAGUAUUUUUUACGAUUACAACCAUUAGCUAGUAAGUUGUUCUUCUGCCUGAAAGAAUGGAAAAAGCUAGCAGAAUUUACGCAGAACUUUCAUAAUCAUAUGCUGAUUAUGUUGAUUGUAUUUUUCAUGCAACAGAAGCAGUAUCUACCCCCACUCAAUAAACUGAUUAUUGGACCAAUCGUUCAGAACGGCCUGUUCAAUACAAAGUUUCGUCGAAACAUCGAUAUCACCCAGUUGGGCAGACCAAAAGAUCUUCUCGGUUUGACGCGAGAUUUUUUCGCCUAUUGGGAUCAGUUCGAUUGGACGCGAUAUGGAAUCUGCGUGCUGGAUGGGCAGGUUAAACCGAAGGAAAGCUUCCGCUUCGAAACCGACCGGGUCUCUAUUCCACCGAUGAUGUCCACUGACUAUUUCGAGCAAACGCGCAACACGGCUAGCAACAUUAAAGGCGGAGACUAUCAGAAAUUUGUUGCCGCCUGCAAGGAGGCAGCGGAAGUUAUGAAGUACAAGGUAAUAAUGUGAACUACCUGCAAAGUACCAGUGAAGAAGACGACAUUAAAUGGAUUUCGAUUUUUGUUUAUUGAAUUCAUGAAUAAUAGAAAUAUAUAAUAAUCAAAAUACA